AAGCCGUCAUUUCUAUUUGAAAGCAGGGUUGUUCUCUAGCCGCCAGUUGAUAACGGCGAAGAAGCGGCACAAAAGAGAAAACAAAAAUGCAGGCAGCGUUUGUCGCCGCGUCGUUUUUCUUUUGAUUGGAAAAUACCGAGCGACAUAGAAAUAGAAAGCGUGCAACGUGUGUGUUAAGUGCAGCGCACAGAGCUGGCCUCGACGCGUGGCUUAUCAGUGAAUUAUAAAACAUAAAAUGGCCACAGCAUUUGGGGCGUCAAAGUUCUCGAAGCUGGCAGUGGCGGAGGAGCAGGAGGAAGAGGAGGAGGAGGAUGAUGAUGAUGACGACGAAGAAGAAGAUUCUGCUGAAUCCGGCUCGACAACCUCAUUCAGUCUGCAGGAGUGCAUAAACGAGUUUCGAGCACGCCGCAUUAGACGCGUCUCCACCCAUAGCCGCGACUGCGACAACCACAACAACAACAACAACAACAUGCCAGGUGAGGAGCAGCCCGUACGGACUGCCGUCGAUGCGGACUUAAUCAACCAGAAUCGCUGCAACAAGGCGCAGGAGCGCAAGGGCAAGCCGUGCAAGAAUGGUUUCUGCUACUGCUUCACCAGCGACAGUGGCGAUUGUGCCUCCACAGCGCCGACACGUGAGUCGCACGUGCGCCAGCCCCGUCGCAGCAGGCGUUCCGAAAGCAAUAAGGCGGUCAGUGUGUCCAGGAACCACUUCGACAGUGCGCGACAGCAGACGGGGCGUCGUCACAGUGAACCGCCGCCCAAAGCAAACACCAAACACAGCUCGAACAUUCCGCUGACUGCCGUGAGCAGCAUUUGUGCUGUGGGCGAUGAUGCGCCGCUCAUUCACAUCAUUCAGGAGCUGCGAGACAAUUGUGUGGUGUCCGAGGUGCGCGUGAAUCGACAAAAGCUGCAAGGAACGAGCUGCCAGUCAAGGUCUUCGCCGGUAAAGACAGCCAAAGUGCAAGCCCACGAACCGAUUGCCUACAAACCCACUGCCCCAGCCUUGUCCAUCAUCAGCGAGCAGGAGUCUGCCGUGGAAGAGGAACCACAGACGGCGCGAACGGAGGCAACGAGUAUGCCAUCCGCACGUCCAAGCACACGUUCGCGUCGCAGCUCUGGUGCCGGUGGGCGUCUCCUACAGAAGCGUCUAUCCCAGGGUCUGGUGAAUUUCAAAACACGCGACUCGGAGCAGCCGCCACCGAAGCCACCGCGCCGCAGCUGCCAGAGUCUCGAUGGGAAGUUGUCGCUGUCCUCGCUGGCCUCGACAACGCCCUCAGUGCGUGCGGCUGAGCGUGUGCUGGAUGAGUUCCUGCGCCAGCGAGGCGUGCCAGUGCCCAGCAGCAGCAACAACUCACCCCGCAAGGAGAAGAAGAGCAAGCGCAAGUCCUAUCCGAUGGCCGAAGUGGAGAAACAAACGCGAACCAGCAGGCAGCUGCCUACGUGUCCCUCGUUGAGCGACAUUGAGCGUGUUGUGGAGUCGAAGCGUGGCUCAAACUACGCCAGAAAUAUACAGCAGGCGAGCAGCAAGGGCAAGGACAAACCCACGAAGGAGAUAAUACUAGGCUGGACAGAGCCAAAGAUCAACGAAAUGCUGAACUAUGAGAACAAGCGGCGUUCACACUUCAAGAGCCAAGCACCCUUGGCAGAGCCACAGGUGGCCAUUGGCUGGCAGUUGCCGCAGCCCGUGGUGCCCAAGAUCUCGCUGGACACUGUCGAUGGCAGCAUGUGCGAGAAUCUGGCCUCCAAUAUGGAUCGCAAGCACACGCCCAUCAAAUAUCCGCGUGGCAUCAAGCCAGCGGGCAGCCAAAAGUUCAUUUGGGGCGAGCAGCUGCGCAACUUUUCGCCACUGAAGCCAACCACAAAGCUGCCGACACUGAAGACCAAGUCCAAGAACUUUCUCAACAGCUCCAAGAACAAAAUCUUGCGCUUUGUGUCGCCCAAGAAGACCAACAAUCAGCGGGAGAACCCAACCAGGCGGCCCACACCCACACCCAGACUCUGCACCGUGGGCGUGCAGACAUCCGCAUCGCAGUUGGAUUUGCAGUCGCAGUCCCCGCCGGGCAGCUAUCAUUCACCCAUGCAAUCGACGACAUCCACCAGCCAGCAGCAGCAGCAGCAGCAGCAGCAGCAGCAGCAGCCGGACAAGGAGAGCAGCGAUCAGCCGUACUUUGAUUUCGAUCGGAAGAUCGAGGCUCCCACGCCGCCCAAGAAGUUGCCGCGCGCGAAUCGAGCACGCAAGCUGGACUUCCACACCGAGGAGGAGGCAGUUGCGCCCACCACAUAUCGUUCGUUUCACAAGGAUCUCGACCAGGAUGUGAGCCUCACCAAAAUGGGUUAUUUGCUGAGCAACAUACGGGCCAAGCUGGAGGCCAGCGAUGAGCGCGCCAUGCGCACAUUUCGGGACUGUUCACGCUUUGAGCCACUUGAACGUCAAAAGGAAAGCUUCGAUUGCAUUGACGGGCCGCAUAGCUCGGGCACGACAUCUCUGACCACGUCGCAAUAUCCACGAGAUACAACCUCCGCGGCAACCACGCAAUAUCCACGUGACAGAACAUUUGUGGUGCCUGCGCGACAUCAGCGGGAUCUUGACUGUGAACCCAUCUACUCAGAGAUCGAAGAGGACUGCCUGCGCGUGAGGGGCAGUCCGCAGUACGAGGUGCGAACUGCUGUGCAGCGGCAGGCUUACAGCUCCACGGCAACUGGCAGUGAGUCUACGGCGGUUGGCUCUGACAUGAGUGCGCCUGUGGUUGACUCUGAUUUAAGUGUUCCAGCAGCUGUCUCGGACUCGAGUGCGCCUGUUGAUCUCACUCUACUCUAUGCCAGGGUGCAGAAGACACCCAAAAAGGCGCUGGCCCCGCCGCAGCGUGUGCCUGCCCCGCAGCCCAGUCUGCCCGCCCAGCCCCUGGCAUUGGGGCAGUGUCUGCAGGAGUCGCUCAAGAGUGGCAGCUUCUUCAAGUUCAUGCCGCUGCCCGAUGCGCCCAGCAGCUCCGAGUCCUGCUCCAGCUCAGAGUCCACAAGUCAAGCCACAAAUGCUUCAUCGGUGAUACGCAAGCCAAAGGCCAUGUCGCCACCGCUGCACCAGUCGCUGAACAACAUCAACGAACGGAAUUCGCCGCCCAAGAAGAACAGGAAUCUAUCGCGGUCCGAGCUCUCGUUGCAGCGCAGUCAAAUCUUUCUGGACAACCUCUGCCGCAGCGAGCUGGUGCUUGAUCAGCAGGAGGAGGCCAAGGCGCGGCUGGAGAAGAUUCCAAAUAAUUGCCUUAGAGCCGCUGAGGAUGCUGUGUCCUACGACAUGCCCGAGGGACUCUACGAUGAGUAUGGCCUGGAGGAUGCCAACAGCAGCUUUGCCACCAACGACUAUGGUUCGUGCCAGAUUGAACCACCGCCGCCGCCAUCGCAGAAUCAGAGCACACCCAAAAAGCAAAACCAAAACCAAAACGAAAACCAAAAUCAGCGAUAUACAACUAAGCCACCGAACAACCUCAGCAUCGACAUCAACGAGUCAUCAGCCACAACAGCGCAUCCCUUUGGCCAAAAUCUCAGUCAUAGCUGCCCAACGACACCACAGCAGCCGAGCAAAGCGUCGCCAGUCGCCCACAACAGCAGCGUAAGUCUGGGGCAGCUGGUGCAGUCGCUGCCCAGUCCCACGGACAGUCAGCUGCUGUCGGUGAGCGCUCUGGCACGCUAUCGCCUGCUCAAGGAUGCCCUGCGUCGCUCCUACCGCAAGGGCAAAGAUUUCUUUAUGGCGGAGAAGCAGCGGUUGACGCACAGCCUCAAUAUGUCACGCGAUCAGUCCAACCAGACGGACGGGGAGCUGGACAGCAGCAGCUACUACGCGAGCUUCAAUCUCGACGGCCUGCUCAAUGAAUCGCUCACAACCAGCGAGCAACUGGCGCAGGCUGUCAGCAUUUGCCGCAAACUGCCCGAACUGGAGAUCUCCAAUGAAAUGGUGGAGGCCGAGCGGCUGCUGCUCUUCUCCAGUCUUCGAAAAAAGUCACCCGUGGAGUCGUCGCCCUGCCAGUCCAGCGCUGCGCGGCGACAGUGCAUCCUCAUCGACGGCAUGCAGCUGCCCGUGAGAUCGGAUGCCAGUCAGGACAUGUUCUUCAAUACUCAUUACUUUUGCACCUACGAGUUUGAGGGUCGCAUUUGCUCCACACAAUCGGUGGAGUGCCGGAAUGGCGCCGCGCUGUUCCGUGACUGUGGAUUGGAGUUCUACAGCGCUGGCCCCGUGGAGGCGAUGGAGUUGCGCUGUCAAAUAUUCAUGUUUCGGCUGCGUAAGAUCUCCACGCUGUCGCUGGAUCCAGCUAAGGCACAGAAACGCGGCAACUGCCAGCUGGGCUCAUCCCCAUCCAGCAGCUCUUGCGGCAGCUCGGGCAGUGAGCAGAUUGUUUCGCGCUUUCGACUGCACGCCUCCUUCUGCCUGCGUGCCAUGGAUUUGGCACCCUUUGAGCUCGUAACCAGCGAGUCGCAGUCCAGUGAUCGUUUGUGCCUGCGCAGCUCUCGCUCCUGGCAGCUGCCACUGACGACGCACACAAAAUCCACGAAUCUGUCGGCUGGCAUAACGGUGACGGGCCGUGUGGAGUUGCGUUUGCCCAAGUCCCACUACGCGGGCUACUUGAAUGUGGAGGAGCCACAGCGCAGGCAUCACUGGAAUCGACGCUGGUGCACGCUCGAUGGUAUGGAGAUGUCUGUGUGGCAGCAUGAAGCUGAUCUCAAUGAGCAGCCGCCGCUGUUCUCUCUGAAGCUGCAGCGAUGUACACAGGCUACGAUAACCGUGGCGCCGCGGGAGUUGUGUGCUCGUGCGAGAAGUUUUCUGCUGCAGGAAAGCGAGUCUGAUUUAGGCGGUUUCUGCUUUGCGGCCGACACUCAAGCGGAGCUGGACGAAUGGCUCUUGCAAUUGAACGAGGCGCUGGCAUUUGCCAAGCGUUGGCUGAACAAAGAAUGAGGAGUUGGAUAAGCGGAGUUUGAGUCUUUCUCGUUGGCGUUGACUGAUUUAAGUUUGAAGCACUCGUUGGCUGGCGUUGACUUUACGCAGCUUAUGCAUUUACUAGUUAAUGUUUUUUCCAUGUUUUCUAUUUAUAUUUCGUAGUCACUAAUUGC